UCGUGUAGGGAAAAAAUGGCGGACCCACAAAAGCGAUAGAAACAAAUACACACGUUACAAAGCAAGGUAAACAUCCUCGGAUACACCGAGCGGCAUCUCCGUUAAGGCUCGACUUCAGCGCUGAGCCGAAAUGACCGCUAACUAACCUCACAGUGCUGCCUGAAAAACAGGGAGCCGGUCGCUUUAAUUUGGGAGCCGUCCCCCCUUUGGCGGCGGAAAAAGGCGCACUUCUAUUGAAAGGGAGCUCAUCCGAUAAGGAGAAACGCAGCAAAACGGUUAUGAAGUUAUAAGUGGAGGCCACUUUUGUUUUGUUAGUUGGUCAGUAUUGUUGGAGCAUGAGGAAACCUGUACCACAGAAAGCGAUAGAGUGGAAAGAUGCCCGAAGGAUUAAGCAUGCUAGGAGUGGACGGCCUUCCCGCGUGCCCUCACAGUACCAAGGGCACUUCAGUUGGGAGAAAUACCUGAAAGAGACGGGCACUAUUGCUGCCCCUGCCUCAUGUUUCAGACAGAGCCUAACACCUCCAGUAAAUGAGUUCAAGGCAGGCAUGAAACUGGAGGCUCAGGACCCGCGAAACACCACGUCUACCUGCAUCGCCACAGUGGUGGGCUUGACGGGUUCGCGGCUGCGGCUGCGCUUGGAUGGGUCUGACAACAAAAACGACUUCUGGCGCCUGGUGGAUUCCUCAGAGAUCCAGCCUAUCGGCAGCUGUGAAAAAAACGGAGGCAUGCUGCAGCCACCACUUGGUUUUCGUCUCAAUGCGUCCUCCUGGCCCAUGUUCCUUCUGAAAACACUAAAUGGAGCAGAGAUGGCUCCCUCUCGCAUCUUUCACAAGCAGGAGCCUCCCGCCCCAGAGCAGAACUCCUUCCAGGUGGGCAUGAAGCUGGAGGCUGUAGACCGGAAAAAUCCCCACUUUAUCUGCCCAGCGACAGUAGGUGCAUUGCGUGGUGUUGAGGUGCUGGUCACCUUUGAUGGCUGGCGAGGAGCCUUUGAUUACUACUGCCGCUAUGACUCAAGGGACAUCUUCCCUGUUGGCUGGUGCGCCCUCACUGGAGACAAUCUUCAGCCACCUGGCACGAAAGUGGUGCUGCCUAAAAGCCUUGGGGCAUUGACAGACGGAAGUGUGGAGAGCCCAAUCAUGCAUCCCAGCCCCACGGUGGGCAGGCCUCCAGGCCAGAGAGGACGCAAGCCAGGCCGCAGGAAAACCAAAGUGACAGGGCACUGGAAUCAGAAGGGCUCUACACUGGGAACACAGAGCAUCCAGCCAGAAAAAGUCCAGGAACCUGUCAAAAUUCCCAAGAAGAGAGGACCAAAACCAGGCAGUAAGCUGGGGUGGGCAAAGAGAGCUAGCUGGCUAGAGGAUUCCAUGGCUGGGCCAGGGCGACCUGUGACAGGCCCAGGGCGAACCAGGGGCAGACUGCCUGCCAACUGGGCGCAGAGGAUAACUUUGCAGCAGGGUCAGACUCAGGCAGAACCUAUCAAGAUCCCAAAGAAAAGAGGGCCGAAACCUGGCAGCAAGAGAAAACCACGAGUGGUACCUAAUCCAGUCCCCACGUCUCCCACCAGCAGUACCCCAGAGCCUGACACCAGCACUGUGCCCCUGGACAAUGCUACCAUCCCCAAUUCUGCACUACAGGCUCCCACAGUUUGUGUGUACCUAAACAAGUACGGCAAGAUGGGACCCCAUUUAGACCAGCGGCGUAUCCAACAGCUGCCAGACCACUUUGGGCCAGGCCGAGCCUCGUCGGUGCUUCAGCAGUGUGUCCAAGCUUGUGUGGACUCUGCUCACAACCAGGGCACAGUCUUCUCCUGCCUGAAAUCUGGACAAGGAGGAGAAGUCAUUUCAGCCCUUUUUGACCAGCAGCAGCACACCUUGACCCUGCCAACUGUCAGCAGUGUCACCUAUGUCCUCCGCUUCCUGGAAAAACUUUGCCACAACCUGCACUGCGAUCCUUUGUUUGGCAGCCAGCCUGUAGCCAGAGGCGGUCUUCACUACGACAGUCACAUGUACACUACAGAGAGGAGAAGUUUUGGAGACAGUCUGACAGCGGGCCCAGUACGAAGCACAAAGCGGUUCCUUCAGGACUUCAACAAUCCUCUGUCUCCGAAACUGCCAAAAAUCCCACGGCACUCCACUGAUGGUGAGUCCUUCAUAGAGAACAGUGUUGCCACAUCAGAGCACUUAAAGAAGAGCCCCCUUUCCCAAAACUCUACAGGACUGACUUCUGGCCCGAGGUCCUCCUCCAAACUGCUGCAUCAUAACAACUCUACAGGUUCAGGUAGUUUCCGUGAGAGCCCCAGGCCCAGCGGUCAGGAUCCCAACCUGUGGACAGUAGAUGAAGUCAUGCAGUAUAUCAGGGAUAUCGACCCAGUUCUGGCCCCACAUGCUGACCUUUUUAGAAAACAUGAAAUUGAUGGGAAAGCCCUUCUGUUGCUGCGUAGCGACAUGAUGAUGAAAUACAUGGGUUUGAAGCUUGGCCCUGCCCUCAAACUCACCUUCCACAUUGACAAGCUUAAACGGGCUUGACGACAUCAGUCAACCAGACGCAGCCUUCUGAAGGACUUAACUGUAUCGCCACCUCCAUAUUCUAGGUUCAGUAUAUCAUGCACUUCAUAAUGGACAUAUGCUGACAAUUUACAUGUAGCAACUUCCACCAUACUCCAUCCAGUAUACACACCCUUGUUCUGACCUCAUUCAGUCAGGGAUGUUUAUUUUGUGUAGCACAAUCCAGCCCUAAGGCAGCAUGGGAUAGGGGUAGGAUCAGCCACUCGUCUGUCAUCAGUUUUGCAUUUCAGUCUAACUUGAAGAAUCAUACGUGGCCAUUUUAACUGUAAAAGGCCUUUUGGCCUGCUUUUAUUAUGUUACAUUUAUCUGUACAUUUCAUAUUUUGUACUUCAUGAAUACAAGUAUAUGGACUUUUUCAGUGUUUUGUGUUGGAAUACGCUAAAAAAAAAAGAAAACCCUAAAGGAAGAAAAGAAAUGUUACAUCCCAAUAGUUGGGAUUUCUUCCGAUCAGUCUCUGUUUGAGGCAUAAUUUUGCAACUACAACAGUAAUAAUUAUGAUUAGAAAAGCGUGUUUUAUAAAACUUUAUUCUGAGAAAAACUGCCAUCAAGAUGGGUUUUUUCUCUUAUUCUGGAUGUUGUUUACAAUGCCUUGUCUUGUCUUUGUUAUUUGUACUUUUUUAAUUUUUUAUACUAUAUUAUUAGAGUUCCUACAUGGAGAGCCCUAUCAUGCUUAACAUUGUUCAAUAAAUAUAUAAUAAUUCAA